AAUACAUAUCCCAUUUCCUUUGAGUUUACUUGCUUUAUCUGGAAGCUUGAAAUACCUUCUGCUUCUUUCCAGUCCAACAGCUUUUUCUCUGUCUCCUGGAGGCUUCUUAAUUAUAACUGAUGCACUUCAAUAUGAGGUUGAGUGAGCUGAGCAUGGACUCCAUAUCCCUGUUUACAAACAAACAAAACCAAAAUCACCGCUUGGCAUAUGUGAAAAACUUGUAUCUGCACUUGGGUACACCUGCCAUUUUAUGCUUUUACAGUAAGACAGGCAGGCAUCCGUGGUGGCAUAGUCCUCCUGCAUGCUGUCAUGCCUUCACAGCAGGAAUUGCACCGCUGCGUGCUCCAGCUGCAUGUGCAGCAGCCCAUGCAUCACGCACCCGUAUUCUCGCAUGCUCAGCCACCUGUUUUCAGUCUGUGUAACGUUCAGGAACACAGAAACAGCCACUCAGAGGUAGUGAAAUGUUGUCUAACUGGAGCAAACUGUUGUGUGUGUGAAAACAAAUGUCACUCAAAACCUAGCCUUCCCUCCUUACACCCCCUCCAUCUCUCUUGCUAUUGCACACACACUGCAUCAGAAAAGGAUAGGUUCUGAUUUAAUUUGCAGCAGUAUGAAUCCAAAAUGCCUGUGCUACCUCCGGUGCCAUCACUCGGCUCCAUUACCAGGCAGACACAUUCCUCUUGCUCUCUUCCAGUCAAUCUGCUCCAUGAGAAGCAUGAGACAGGCUUCACAAGAGACAGGCUGCAUGCAAAGCGCAAACCUGUGAGAUCUCUCCACAGUUUCAUUUCCAGCCACUAUUUCCCGCUCUCAGUGUGGAGGCACACUACCACCCAGAACCUCACUGCUCAGUUCACCCAAGGUGAAAUACAAACCCACCCAUUUUGUUGUAUUUCUGUUGGAAGAACAGGCAGGGCUGCCGACGGGGAACCUUGGGGCAGCCCCACGUUCUGCCGAAAAGCCCCUCUCCUCCCCAUCUCUCUCCACCCGACAACCGUGACCUCAGGUGUCACCGCCUGCCACCGCCAUAUGGAAGGAGGGAGGCCGGCCCCGCCCCGCGGGCCUCCGCACUUGCGCUCACGUGUCGAGUUGCCACCAGGCCCACGCGCGCCGCGGCCACGAGGACAGAUCCCGCCCCUCCCCGCCGGCUCCUUCCCCUCCCCUCGGCCCGGGUGCUUCAGCCCCUCAAGGACUCCGGGGCGCUCGCUCAAUGUCAGGCGGGCGUUGUGGCGCGGCCGCUGGCAGGGGGCGGACGAGGGGAAGCGGUGCCAGCCCUGCGCGAGAGCGCGGUUCAGAGUCAGUGGCGCUGGCCAUGCCGGGCGGCGCGGUGGCGCAGAGCUGAGCCCAGCCCAGCCGCGUCGCUGAAGGGCACCGGCGGCGGCGAGGUUUCCCCGCGCUCUCCAGCGGCUGGGGCGCGCCCGCCCCGCAGCAUGGAGGCUGGGAAGCGCAGCUCCUCUUCCGGCAGCCGGGACGAUGGCAGCGCUAACUCCUUCCCAGCCAAGCCAGCGACCCCGGCGGCGAAAGCGCAGAGCAGCCCUGGCGGCAGAGGCAGCGUCGUCGUCGUGAAGGAGCAUGACAAUUCGGUGUGCUUCAUAGUGGACGGUGGCGGGGGAGAGGAGCCCGUGGUGGGCUUCGAGGAUGCCGAGGGUCCCCGGAGGCAGUAUGGCUUCAUGCAGCGGCAGUUCACCUCCAUGUUGCAGCCGGGAGUCAACAAAUUCUCCCUUCGCAUGUUCGGCAGCCAGAAGGCAGUGGAGAAGGAGCAGGAAAGGGUUAAAACUGCGGGGUUUUGGAUCAUCCACCCCUACAGCGACUUCAGGUUUUACUGGGACUUAAUCAUGCUCAUAAUGAUGGUUGGAAACCUUGUCAUUAUACCAGUUGGAAUCACAUUCUUCACAGAACAAACAACACCACCGUGGAUUAUUUUCAAUGUGGCAUCGGAUACUGUUUUCCUAUUGGACUUGAUCAUGAAUUUUAGAACUGGGACUGUAAACGAAGACAGCUCUGAAAUAAUACUGGACCCUAAAAUCAUUAAGAUGAAUUACUUAAAAAGCUGGUUUGUGGUUGACUUUGUCUCGUCAAUACCAGUAGAUUAUAUCUUUCUCAUUGUAGAAAAAGGAAUGGAUUCGGAGGUUUACAAGACAGCAAGAGCACUUCGUAUUGUGAGAUUUACAAAAAUCCUCAGCCUGUUACGUUUAUUACGCCUUUCAAGACUGAUUAGAUACAUACACCAGUGGGAAGAGAUUUUCCAUAUGACGUAUGAUCUGGCAAGUGCUGUGGUGAGAAUCUUUAAUCUGAUCGGAAUGAUGUUGCUGCUGUGCCACUGGGAUGGUUGUCUGCAGUUUUUAGUACCGUUACUCCAGGAUUUCCCACCAGAUUGUUGGGUGUCCCUAAAUGGUAUGGUUAAUGAUUCCUGGGGAAAGCAGUACUCAUACGCACUCUUCAAAGCCAUGAGCCAUAUGCUCUGCAUUGGUUAUGGAGCCCGUGCCCCUGUCAGCAUGUCUGACCUCUGGAUAACCAUGUUGAGUAUGAUUGUGGGGGCUACGUGUUAUGCCAUGUUUGUUGGUCACGCCACUGCCCUCAUUCAGUCUCUGGAUUCCUCACGGCGACAAUAUCAAGAAAAGUACAAACAAGUGGAACAGUAUAUGUCAUUCCACAAGUUACCUGCUGAAAUGCGCCAGAAGAUCCAUGAUUACUAUGAGCACCGCUACCAAGGCAAGAUCUUUGAUGAAGAAAACAUUCUCAAUGAGCUCAAUGAUCCCCUUAGGGAGGAGAUUGUCAACUUCAACUGUCGGAAGCUGGUUGCUACAAUGCCUCUUUUUGCUAAUGCAGACCCAAAUUUUGUGACUGCUAUGCUAAGCAAACUGCGAUUUGAAGUGUUCCAGCCUGGAGAUUAUAUUAUCCGAGAAGGGGCUGUGGGUAAAAAGAUGUAUUUCAUUCAGCAUGGUGUUGCUGGUGUCAUCACCAAAUCCAACAAGGAGCUGAAGUUGACAGAUGGCUCUUACUUUGGGGAGAUUUGCCUUUUGACCAAGGGCCGUCGAACUGCCAGUGUACGAGCAGACACGUACUGUCGCCUGUAUUCCCUCUCAGUGGACAACUUCAACGAGGUUCUGGAAGAGUACCCCAUGAUGAGAAGGGCCUUUGAAACAGUGGCAAUUGAUAGACUUGACAGGAUAGGGAAGAAGAACUCUAUCCUCCUGCAGAAGUUCCAGAAGGACCUCAACACUGGGGUUUUCAACAACCAGGAGAAUGAGGUCUUAAAGCAGAUUGUGAAGCAUGACAGAGAGAUGGUGCAGACCAUUGCCCCAGUGAGCUUGCAGCAGAUGCCUGUGCUGAACUCCAGCACCUCCACUGCCACCUCAUCAUUACACAUCAGGAUGCAGUCCCCUUCCAUUUACACCACAAGCAGCCUUUCUCAUGGAAACUUGCACUCCACCUCGCUCAGCACACAGAUGUCCCAGCAAGCCAUCAUCCUCUCACCCUGCUCCUACACCACUGCAAUCUGCAGCCCACCUGUACAGAGCCCUCUCGCUGGUCGAACUUUCCAGUAUGUCUCAUCAACCACCUCACAACUCUCUCUCAUGCAGCAGCAACCGCAGGCACAGAAGAAUGAGGUACACAAGAGCACCCAGGCCCUCUACCACACCAAUCUGACCCAGGAGGUGCGGCCCCUCUCUGCCUCGCAGCCUUCCCUGCCCCAUGAGAUCUCUACCCUGAUCACCAGGCCUCACCCCACUGUGGAAGAGUCCCUUGCCUCCCUCCCACAGCCCACCCCUGGUACAAGCAUGCCCCCAGCCAGUCAGGCCACCGUCCCCCAGCGUGUCUCACUCUUCAGACAGAUGUCCUCAGGAGCCAUACCCCCAAACCGGGUGGCCACACCACCCACAGCCUGUCUGCAAAGGGAUUUUUCCACAGUCUUAAGCACAGAGCCUGAGGGAGACAAACCACGGUUCGCAUCAAACUUAUGAUUCCUGGUAACUGUGAGCAACAGACUUGUAAUGAACUGAGAACCAUCCAUGGAACAGUUUUAGCUUAUUUCCUAAUGUACCCCAGCAGUCCACUAUGAGAAAAAUAUUUUAGACAGCUUUUCCCUUGAAUGUAAAAAUUAUAUAUAUAUAUAUAUAUAUAUAUGAAAGAAUUUUAAAAACUUGUUGGAAUUCAUCUUCUUUUCUUGCAACCAUUAAAGAAGUCUAAAUUCAGCUGUAAUAUUAUUUAUUUUUAACAUGUUGACUUUAAAAUCAGUCUGACAGAUUUCUCUGUUUAUGAGGUUUUCUAUUUUCAUGCAAAAACUGUCAACACAGUAAAAAAGUUCAAACAUAUAUAUUAAAAAAUCAAUGCAACUAUAAUAUAACACUGAGUGAUAUUCUGAAACCUUCAUUAUUUAAUGUAUUACAUAUAUGUUGUUAAUUUGUCAGGAAGAAUUCAGUUGUUGUUUCCUAUUGCAUUUCAUAUUUUAGCACUUUCCAUUCAGAAUUAGAUUUAAAACCAAAUAAUUGCCAACACCUGCAAUCAAAAUGCUGGCACUAGCACUCUUCUGGAUAGAUUGUAACCUCAUGACAUGUUGACUGUUCUGCUCUUUCAGAAAAAUGGGUGGACUUCAGUCUUCACAUUGCUAAAGACUUUUACAAAGACUAUAAAUAUUGCCAUUAUAAAUAACUUUUUAGACACCCCCCCAAAAAAAAAGCUGCUGUUGCUGUAUCAUUGCAAAGUCUUUGUUUAGGAAUUUAGGUUCAGCUCUUCACUUUGAAAUUUACAGUUUUAAAAUUUAUUGAACCUAAGUGCAACAUAAGUGUUGAAUUGUAAUGCAGUGGCUUUAAUGUUACUUUUACAUGCAAUGUUUUAUGUAAAAAUGUAUGCUUGAUCCUGCAAGCCACUUGUACUUCACCAGUGCCAUCACUUUUCUUCUCCUUGCCCUCAAUAGCAUCUGAAAAUUUUCCAUGCAUGCUUUGGAGAACCAAAAAAAAAAAAAAGACAAUAAAAAUAGGUUUGGUCGGCCAUUUUAGGAAAAGGCUUUAUGGUAUCUUAGGAACUAAUAACCAUUCAUUAAUUGUGUCUACCUUAAAAUUACUAUAAUUCUGACUUUGAAUCUCUGGUUGAAGUCUAGAAGUGAGGUUUUUCAUUUAAAGGAUUAUUUGUAAACCAUAGCUUGAUUUAGGCUUUCAGGUGCUUUCUGUGUCUUCACUGUAGUUUUGUAUUCGAUAUAUAAAUAUAAUAUAGCAUCAAAUCUAUCUGGAAAUGCACGAUUUGCUCUGUGUAUAUUGUAAUUAAAUGGCUAGUAUAUCCUAAGGCAUGUAGUGCCAAGCAUAGCCCAUAGGUAUGAGGUUUAUUUUUUAUGUCUUCAAAACAGUAAGGAAAUGGUGACAGAAAGCAGGGUUAAAGCAUACUGUUCUGUGAACGUUUUGUUGUUUGCUCAAACCUUCACAUUAUGUUAUCCACAAAAAAGUUCUUUCGUAAUCAUUUGUGUCUGAUUUGUCACAUUAAAUAGAGAUUGAAACUAAAUGUGUCAUAAUUUAACUCAUUGAAAAAUCAGCAUUAUGGAUAUGAUACAAGCUAUAUUCUGUUCCUUAAAACCCAGCUGACUCAUGAAGGAAGUGAAUGCAAAGGACUGAUUCUUUUCCCAUUAAUGCUGAGUUUAACGAUGCAUUGAAAAAUUAAAUAAUAUCACAAACUACAUAAUGCAAUGAAUCCAGAUGUACUUGAGAGCCAAGUAAAUAUUAUAAAGCUCCACAGAGCUUGAACCCAUGCUGCCUGUUAUGCCUGUUACACCUUUUAAUAAAGUGGUACAUCAAAUACAUUUUUUAAAAAAAACUUCCAGUUUUUGCUGACUCCCACUCACCAUUAAAAAUCAAUGUAAUUAACCCAUUAACAUGCUGCUGCCAUUAAUUCAAGUGGCCCAGAAUAGUAUACGAAGAAGCGAUUGUUUAAAAGUGUUUGGAACAUUAUGGAUACACUGCAAGACCAUUUACUUCAGUUAAUUAAGAUCAUAUACUGAUCUUUCACACUGUUUAAGGUUUACAUUUGCUAGGAGAAAUGGGGUUAGUAGUGAAAUAUUUUUAUAUAUUUUUUUUAUUUUAAGCACUAUGAAGAAAUAUUAAUUCAUAUGGUCUUUCAGCAAAACCAUAAUAAUUUUUAAAUGAAUUUGUAAUAGAGUGGACAAUAUCUAGGAUUUAUAACUUAAUUUAAAAAAUGGUACAGAGUAUAAAAUUAUAUAUGUGUAUAUAUAUGUUUGUACGAAUGUCUAUGUACUUAGAUUAAGAAACAAAUUGCUAACAUUCCUGUAAUACAAAGGUUCAUUGCUAGUUUCAGAAGUGACCUAUUUUCUCUGUACAUAAGUAAGCCCAUAAGUAUGAAAUCUCACAUCUGUACAGGAUGAAACGUAUUAAUGAAAAAUGUUGAAUUUUACUGCUGCUGGGAAGACUAUAAAUCUGAUUCUUAUAAUAACUGUAUGGCCAGGGAUGAGUUAGAUAUUUUUUCUUUUGUCUUUGCGCAAAGCCAUAAAUAUAAAUAUAAUAUUAUUAAUAAUUUGAAGAAAAUAUAUACAAUAAAACCAUGAAUAUUUUUUGGUUCCAAUAUCUUUAUAAGUGGGCAA